GACAGAAAGAACCGAACAGACAGAUGAUUCAUAAAUAAAAACAGUUUUCCUGAUUUUGUGACUUUAACUGUGACCGAAGCCGCGGCGAUAACAGUAUGUCCUCAGCGGGGAGAUGGACUGGGACCAGCUGGACCUCAAUCCGAGGAUCAUUGCUGCCGUGAGGAGAGCUAAGCUGAAGUCCGUCAGGGAGGUUUGGUCUGUUUCUGGUCUGGACCUGCAGAGACUCACGGGUCUGUCCCGCUCUGACUGCCAGCGGCUGCUCACUGCCGCCGCCGCCGCCUGCAGACGACACCCUCCGGUCCCAGCCCUCCUGCUCCACCGUGGUGACUGUCGCCGGUUGGAGUCCGGCCUCAGACUCAGCGUUGGAUGUCCGGUACUGGACGAUCUGCUGAGGGGGGGUCUUCCUCUGGGGGGCGUCACUGAGCUGUCAGGAGAGAGUGGAGCGGGGAAGACGCAGCUGGCUCUGCAGCUCUGUCUGUCUGUACAGUACCCCACACAGUACGGAGGGCUGAACUCAGGGGUGGUGUACGUCUGCACCGAGGACUCGUUUCCCAUCAGACGUCUGCAGCAGCUGAUUAGAGAUCAGUCCUGUCUGCGCUCUGAUGUCCCCCCGUCACUGAUCAGCAGACUGCAGUUCAGUGACCAUGUUUAUAUUGAACACGCUGCUGACCUGGAUUCCCUGCAGGUGUGUCUGUCCCGCCGUGUACCCCUCCUGUUUGCUCGGGGUCUGAUCCGGCUCUUGGUGGUCGACUCAGUGGCGGCUCUGUUCAGGUCUGAGUUCCAGGCUGCUGAUUGGCUGGAGAGGACCAAACAGCUGCUCGCUUUCUCCUCUUCAUUGCACCACCUGAGCCAGGAGUUCAGCACACCUGUCCUCUGCAUCAACCAGGUGACGGACGUGUUCGACAGCUCAGACGACACUUUGGGCCCUCGAUCCUCCAACGUGUCACCGGCUCUGGGGUUGGCCUGGGCCAAUCAGGUGAUGGUUCGGCUGAUGAUUCGGCGCCUUCGGGUGGCUGUUGCCCGCGGUCACCAGCGCAGCACCCUCCGCAGGCUGGAGGUGGUGUUCGCUCCUCAUCUGGCCCGAGACGGACGCGACGCUGCCGUCUGGAGGGAGGGAGUCCGAGGAAUCCCGAACUCUGACCGAUAAACUGUUCA